AUGGAGGCGCUCGUCGAACAGGGCCUCGCCAGGCUCCUGGCGCAGAUGAGCGCGAUGGCGACGCCGACGGCGUCGGCCCGCCGCUCGCCCUUCGAGUGCAAGUUCCCGCCUGGCAUCAGCAUCCAUGCCUACGUGGCCAGGUUGCUGCGCCUCUCCCAGUGCAGUGCAGGAUGCGUUGUCCUGAGCCUGGUGUACCUCGACCGCCUGAUCAAGCGGCACCGGUGGAUCGCGGUCAGCCCUUUGACUUGCCAUCGCCUCGUGCUGACUAGCAUUGUGGUCGCCAUCAAGUUCUAUGACGACACGUACUUCAGCAACAAGUUCUACAGCCAGGUUGGCGGCGUCUCGCUGACCGAGCUGAAUUAUCUGGAGAGGCAGUUUCUAGGUCUCGUUGACUUCAAGCUCUGCGUGGAACCUCGUGAGUACGAGCUUUAUCGAGAUAUCCUUCUGAAGGCCGUCAACACGGGCAUGGUUGGCGCUGCGCCAGAUGCGGCGAAGGGCGCGUGA